AUGUCAACUUCGGCCUAUUGGGUGCGUGAGCCCUUCAGCUCGGCCAUAGUCGACGACAGGAUGCCCUCGGUCUGCCCCACCUGGACUGCCGCCGCCCUGGUUACAAAUUCAGCUCAUCCCUUUGCUGCUAACCCUUUGCAGUCCGCCUACCUCUCCGGCGGCCUGUUCUACCGCGAGGCCCCUGAUCACUUCGCUAGUUGUGAAUUGUGCCCAUCUGCUGCUCGACUGUCUCGACGUGCAGGCACACUUCCCGGCCGUCUGCCUGGCCACAAGCCGGCUUCUCUUCGCAGCCUUUCCCUAAUGCUGCCUUUAGAUUCGCCCCCUUCGUCUCCCCGGUCGACCGGACUCACCUAUCAACUCAACCAGAGCCGACGAAAGUUGAAUAGGGCUAGUCAGAAGUCACUUUCCCUCACCCGUUCUCUGCACCCGGUUGCCUGGCGGCCUGGCGGAAGGGCCACUCUCCCCGUCGGUCUUCGUUAUCGAUCACCAGUCACCCUGGCAAUGCUGACUAGGGAAUUAGUCGGCGGUGGCUUUCACCCGGACGCCUCGAAGGUGAAAACUCUCCUCAGGCCCUAUCAAAAGCAAGUGGAGCCCUCAGUUGGGUCUCAGAUACGGACCGCGGCCUAA